GCGCCGAAGGUGACGCGUGGCGUAGAUGACGUCGGGCUAUUCCUGUCACUCCAGGCGCUGGUAGCAGAGGAGCGGGCGCCAUGGCGGUUCUCCUGGAGACCACUUUGGGCGACGUCGUCAUCGACUUGUACACGGAGGAGCGGCCGCGCGCUUGCUUGAAUUUCCUGAAGUUGUGCAAAAUAAAGUAUUACAAUUAUUGCCUUAUUCACAAUGUCCAGAGGGAUUUUAUCAUACAGACCGGUGAUCCUACAGGGACUGGCCGUGGAGGAGAGUCUGUUUUUGGUCAACUCUAUGGUGAUCAAGCAAGCUUUUUCGAGGCUGAAAAAGUGCCAAGAAUUAAGCACAAGAAGAAAGGCACUGUGUCCAUGGUGAACAAUGGCAGUGAUCAGCAUGGAUCUCAGUUUCUUAUCACUACAGGAGAUAAUCUCGAUUACCUUGAUGGAGUUCACACAGUGUUUGGUGAGGUGACAGAAGGCAUGGACAUAAUUAAGAAAAUUAAUGAGACCUUUGUUGACAAGGACUUUGUACCGUAUCAGGAUAUCAGGAUAAAUCAUACAGUGAUUUUAGAUGAUCCAUUUGAUGAUCCUCCUGAUUUAUUAAUUCCUGAUCGAUCUCCAGAACCCACAAGGGAACAACUAGAUAGUGGUCGAAUAGGAGCAGAUGAAGAAAUUGAUGAUUUCAAAGGAAGAUCAGCUGAAGAAGUAGAAGAAAUAAAGGCAGAAAAAGAGGCCAAAACUCAAGCUAUUCUAUUAGAAAUGGUGGGAGACCUACCUGAUGCAGAUAUUAAACCUCCCGAAAAUGUGCUGUUUGUGUGUAAAUUGAAUCCAGUGACCACAGAUGAAGAUCUGGAGAUAAUAUUCUCAAGAUUUGGGCCAAUAAGAAGUUGUGAAGUUAUUCGGGAUUGGAAGACUGGAGAAUCCCUGUGUUAUGCGUUUAUUGAAUUUGAAAAAGAAGAAGAUUGUGAGAAAGCAUUCUUCAAAAUGGACAAUGUGCUUAUAGAUGACAGAAGAAUACAUGUGGACUUUAGCCAGUCUGUUGCAAAGGUUAAAUGGAAAGGAAAAGGUGGGAAAUACACCAAGAGUGAUUUCAAGGAGUAUGAAAAAGAACAAGAUAAACCAUCUAAUUUGGUUCUGAAAGAUAAAGUAAAGCCUAAACAGGAUGCAAAAUAUGACCUUGUACUAGAUGAGCAGGCAGAAGACUCAAAGUCAAGUCACUCCCACACAAGUAAAAAACACAAGAAGAAAACCCGCCACUGCUCUGAAGAAAAAGAAGAUGAGGACUACAUGCCAAUCAGAAAUACUAAUCAGGAUAUCUAUAGGGAAAUGGGCUUUGGUCACUAUGAAGAAGAAGAAAGUUGUUGGGAGAAGCAAAAGAAUGAAAAGAGAGACCGACCUCAAAACCGAAGUCGUAGCCGAUCUCGAGAAAGGGAUGGCCACUAUAGUAAUAGUCACAAACCCAAAUACCAGCCUGAUCCCUAUGAAAGAGAGAGGAGUAAAAAGAGAGACCGAAGCAGGAGUCCUAAGAAAUCCAAAGAUAAAGAAAAAUCUAAGUACAGGUGAAAGUUGAAGAGUCAGGAAUGAGUGGCCAACACUUUUCCUCCUGUAUAACUUCGAGUACCAGAUGUUCAGAUUUCGUGUCAAAGCAGUUAAAGACUUUGCCUGUUAUUUUUUUUUCACAGUAGGAUUAUGGCCCUUAUAGAUUAAUACUGAUUGUAUAGGGCACUGAAAGAUAAUAAAGAAUUGAACGUUUUCUUUGUAUACUUUUUUACACCAAUUUUAUUGUUAUACAUAAAUUGUCUUCAUUUUUAAAGUCUUUCAUAUUUUUCAGUCUUCUUUAUUUUUAAUGAAGUAUUUCAUACCUACAAAAAUAUACAAACAUGUAUAUAUAAACUAUAAAGAAUAGUAAAUAUCUGUGUCCCCAUUAGUCAGCUUAGGAAAUGAGUAUUACUGGCAUUUGAAAAAUGCCCUCUUUCUCAAGUAAUUACUAUUCUGAAUUUCGUGUUUGUUAUUCUCUUGCUUGUUAUUGUAGUUUUCCGACAUGUGUAUGUAUCCUUAAAUGAAAUGUUAAGGUUUGUAUGUUUUUGAAUUUUAUAUAAAUGGUAUGUAUAAUGAAUGUUUACUUCUGUGACUUGCGUUUUUUAACUUAGUGUUUUUUGAAAGUCAUUCAUUUUUAUUGCUAUACUGUAUUAUGUGAAUAGACCAUAAUUUAUCCAUUCUUCUGUUCAUGGGUGUUUGGGGUUGGUUUUUGUUUUAGCUAUUGUAAGCAAUGCUGCUAUGAACAUUCUGUUUCUAGGAGUGAUGUGUUUGGUCACGUGAUAUGGUCACUUUCAUCUUUAUAAGAUAAUGCUAAAUUAUAUUCAGCAGUGGCUGUAGGUUCAUAGCCCUGCCACCGCUAUUUGAAUUACCUUUGUUUCACAUUUCUAACACUUCUUAAGUUCAGACUUUUCAGUUUUGCCAGUCCAGUGGCUAAGUGGUAUCUUAUUGUAAUUUCCAGCAAGAAGACUACUGUUAUUCUUAAAUUUGUUCUUCUAUCUGAAACUUUUUUGUUCUUUUUCUCUGAUUGCUUUUAAGGUUUCUCCUGAUUAUUGUUGUUAAGCACUUUGAUUAGGAUGUGCUUGAUGUAGUUUUUUUUUUUUUUUUUUUUCCUUCAUGUUUCUUCUCCUGGCACUUUUUACCUGUAGGUUUGUAGUUUUCAUCAGAUUUGGAAUUUAGGGAGCUGUUACUUUCAUCUGUUUUUUUCUGUCUUUGUCCUUCUUUCCCUCUGGGACUCCAGCUAUAUGUUAGGCAAUUUGAAAUUGUCUCACAACACUCAUGCUUUGUUUUGUUAUUUUAUUUUUAAGUCUUUUUUUUUUUUUUUUUUCUCUCUCUCUCUCUCUGUGUUUCAGAUUAGAUAGUGUGGGGAGGGAGGGGAGUUGCUGUAUCCUCAAAUUCAUUAAUCUUUUCUCCUGAAGUAAUUUAAUCUCUUAUUAAUUUCAUCCAGUGUUUUAUGUUUUUGUUUUUGCUUUUUUAAAAUUAUGGCUGCACCCACAGCAUAUGAAAGAUCCUCGGCUAGGGAUUGAAUCCGAGCCACAGCUAUGACCUGUGCUGCAGCUGCAGCAAUGCUGGGGAUCCUUUAAUCCACUGCUCCUGGUUGGGGAUUAGAAUUGCACCUCUGCAGCAACCUGAGCUGUUGCAGUUGGAUUCUUAACCCACUGUACCACAGUGGGAACUCCCAUCCAGUGUAUUUUUCACCUCAUACUUGAUUUUUUUAAUCGUUAGAAAUUCUGUUUGUGUCUUUUUUAUAUCUUCCAUUUCUCCUUAACAGGCUCAUGGUUUCUUUUCUUUUUUUUGGAACAUCUGGGGUAUAUUUAUAAUAGCUGUUUUACUGUAUUUGACCAUAUUAUCAUCUGUGUCACUUCUUGUCUGUUUCUGUUGAUUGAUUUUUUUUCCCCUCAUUAUUGGGUUGUAACUUCCUUCUUUGCGUGCCUGGUAAUUUUUGGAUUAUAUGUUGUUGCGUGUUGAAGUUUUUUGUAUUCCUUUAAAUGUGUUAAGCUUUGUUCGGGGACAUAGUUAUUUAGAAAUAGUUUGGUCCUUUCAGAGCUUGCUUUUAAGCUUAAUGAGAUAGGACCAAACCAGCCUUUAUCUAGGGCUAAUUGGGCCCACUACUGAGAUGAUACCCUUCUGAAUAAUCUUCUCUAUGCCUGGUCUGUUAUGAGAUUUCUCCACUCUGGCUGUUGGGAAUGAGAACUAGUCUGAGCCCCGUAUGAACUUGAAUUGUACCACCUAUUCUUUUCUGCCAGUUUUUCCCACCUUUGGGUAGUUUUCUCAAGUGCAUACACUGAUUAGCCAAAGACUCAGGGGAACUCUCUGUAGAUGUAGAACUCUCCCUCUAUCUCCCACGUCCCUCUAAUCCUCUGCCCUUCAGAUUACCUUGGCUUUUCUAAAUUCUUCACCCAAGCCCUCCCUGCAGUGAGCUCAGGCCACGGGAGGACAUUUCCCAUUUGUUUUCUCAAGAGUCACUGUCCCGCACGCUUGUCCAAUGUCUGAAAAACUUUGCUGUAUAUAUUUUGUACAGGUGUUUAGUUGUUUAAACGGGGAGGGUAAAUCCUGCCCCUGUAACUCCAUUUUGGCCAGAGUGAAAGUCUCAUGGUUUGAAUGUGUUUCCUAAAUGCUAACAAGGUUGAGCUUAUUUUCAUAUGUAUUCAUUCCUGAUUGCUCUCUGUGAAAAGCUUUUUUCUUGUCUUUUGCUCAUUUUACAUUAUAUUGUCUUAUAGAUUGCUUCAAGUAGUUAAAAAAUAAUAGAUUGUGGAUACUAGUUCAUUUUUACCAUUAUCUGGUAUAAACAUUUUCUCUCAGUUUGUGGUUAUUUUUUUACCUAUCGAUGCACAAGUUUUAAAUUCCUCCCAACUUUUUUUUUUUUUCUUCUUUCUAGGGCCGCAUCUGCAGCAUAUGGAAGUUCCCAGGCUAGCGGCCUACAGCACAGCCACAGCAAUGCUGGAUCCAAGCUGUGUUUGUGACCUACACCACAACUCAUGUCAACACCGGAUCCUUUAACCCACUGAGUGAGGCUAGGAAUCAAACCUGCAUCCUCAAGGACACUAGUCGAGUUCAUUUCUGCUGAGCCACAAUGGGAACUGCUCCUGCCCCAAACUUUUUAAUAUGAAAAGUUUCAUACAUUUGUAGAAACACACAAAAACAUAAUGAACAUCCAUAUAUACUCCAUCCAGAUUAAAUAGUAACGUUUUGUUGUUAAACAAUUUGAAACUAAAUUGACAUCACGAUAUUUCACUUUCAGUAUUUCACUAUCCCUUUUCUAAACAGCAAGUGUCCUAUAUAACCACAAUACUAUUAUCACAUUGAAAAAAAUUAAUUAUCCAUAAUAUGUAAUACGAAGUAUGCACAGUUCUCUUACUGCCCCCAGGAUGUCAUUUUUAGAUGUUGGUUGGUUUUAAAACCCAGACCUCAACCAAGGUUCAUGUACUGCACGUUGUUUUUGUCGUUUUAUUCUCUUGAUCUAGAAGUUUCCUACCCAUCCAUGCACCCCUACCACUUUUUUUUUUUUUUAAGUGACAUUGAUUUUUUGAAGUGUUCAGGCCAGUUGCUUUGUAGAAUUUCCACAUUCUGGAAUUAUCUGAUGCUGUACUCAUGGCGUCCUAUCUCUUUUCCAUUUCCUAUAAACUGUAAAUUAAGUCUAGAUGUUUGAUUAAAAUUAGGCUAUGCAUUUUAGGCAGAAAAAUUUAAUGUCAAAUGUAUUAGCCUUCCCCUUUGUGUUUUGUGCUUUUUGUAUUUUGUUUAAGAAAUCCUUAAUAAAGAUAAUCUCCUAUAUUCUACAA